AUUGUUGGAAGACACUACCACACUACCCUUUGGGUAUCCAAGAACAUCAUGCUGCUCAAACCUUUCCAAGACACGCUGUGACAUUUCCGCCAUAAAUCAACAUUGAGUAUAGAUUAUGAAAUUGUGAAGUUGAUUUCGACACAUCGGAAGUAUACGUAUCAAAGUGGAAACAGCCUGAGUAUAAGGCGCAAAUCAUCUUUAAGGUAUCAUUUUUAGAAGGAACACCAACGCGAAAAGUUCUGAAGUGCGUGAGAUGAUUGAGAUGCGUGAGAUGAUUUGGUUGGUCUGCUUCCUAAUUGCGAUUAAAUUUAUUUCCUGUACUCCCGCAAACAAAAUCUACAGCGAUCAGGUGAACAAUCAGUGGUUCAAGGAUGGAAAUGAUUUAACCAGGAAGAAUUUGAAUCUAAAACCGAAUACAAAGCCUGCUAAGAAUGUAAUACUCUUCUUAGGUGACGGUAUGGGAAUCAGUACAACAACAGCGGCGAGAAUUUUUGAAGGUCAAAGUCGAGGUGAACAGGGGGAACAGAAUGUUAUGGAUUGGGAAAAAUGGCCGUAUACGGCGAUAUCUAAGACCUACAAUGUAGAUGCCCAGAUUCCUGAUUCAGCUGGUACUGCCACAGCUUUUGGUUGCGGUGUGAAAACUGAUGAAGGCCUUCUAGGUCUAAACGAAAAAGCGAUAUUUGGAGACUGCAAUAGUGCUAAGGGAAACGAAGUCCUUUCGAUUUUAACUUAUGCGGAAAUGGCGGGAAUGAGUACCGGAUUGAUCACGGAUACUCGUAUUACCCAUGCAACACCGGGAGCGUUCUACAGUCAUACGCCAUCGCGCAGAUGGGAAAAUGAUCAAGCAGCACAAGGGGACUGUGCCGACAUAUCAAAACAAUUGAUAGACUAUCCCUACGGUGAUGGUAUCGAAGUCGUCCUUGGCGGUGGUUGGAGAAGUUUUUACAAAUGUGAAACAGUAGCGCCCGAUGGCCAGCUGCUAAACGACUCAAAUUGCCGCUUGGAUGGAAAAGAUCUAACGAAGGAAUGGGUGGAAAAGUAUAACAAUUCUGCCUAUGUUACUAACAGAACCCAACUGAAGAAUGUUGAUACGGAAAAAGUUGAUCAUUUACUUGGAUUGUUUUCAUCCAGCGGUAUGACAUAUAAUAUUCUUCGGGAGAAAAUGAACAGAACUUUUGAACCAACCAUGGUGGAAAUGGUUGAAAAAGCUUUACAAAUUUUAAAGAAGAACCCAAAAGGAUUCUUUCUUCUUGUCGAAGGCGGGGAAAUCGACUGGGCACACCAUGCUGGAUUGGCUAAAAUUUCCCUCUCACAAACCGUUGUUUUUGCAAAUGCUGUGAAGAAGGCGAAAGAAUUAACAGAAGUCGAUAAAACCUUGAUGAUCGUGACCGCUGACCACUCACAUUCAUUCGUCAUGUACGGCAAGGCAAUCCGUGGUAACCCAAUCCUUGGUUUUCAAACUAGAAAUUUCCCGGAUGGCAAACCGGGCCUGACCCUGGCCUACUCUGACGGCCCUGGCGGGUUGAAAUUCGCAAAUCAGUCCCGAGAAAAUCUUACUGGGGCCGAUUAUAACGCAACCGAAUUUCUCCAACAAGCACUGAUUUAUGGAAGUAAAGAGAGCCAUGCAGGGGAAGAUGUUGGCAUCUAUGCAACUGGACCGUUCGCCCAUCUCUUCCAUGGCGUGGUUGAACAGAACUACAUAUUCCAUGUUAUGGACCAUGCCUUGUGUCUUACUCAAAGCAAACAGAAAUUCUGCACCAAGCCCCCUGACCGCGGUGGCCCACCUUCCGACUCUGCAGACGAGAGGCUUCUGUUCAGUGCAUAUUUUUUAUUAAUGGCUUUGCUAAUUUCUCAUGCUAUCGUCUAUUAAUUUAAUCUGAACAUUUGAAGAACAAUUUUUUCAAGAAUAUAUAGUAGUAUUAAUGUUGUAUGCAAUCAAUAAUUCACGGAGGACAGGGGACUGAACACCCCACUAUAAUUAUUAUAUUUACUAUAAACAACCAUUAGAUGUGAAUUAUAAUCAUUGGUAAUAAGAAGUAUUGAUCGCUCUUAUUUGUUAAAGUAUGCAAACAUUUGAAUAAUACGUGAAUUUAAAUAAAGUCCUGUGCUAGCUUGUGCGAAUUAAAAAACUUGGGCAAAACGAAUAUUUGGGACAUGAAAAUUCUACAACUGAAUACUAAAUAUCAUAAUCUUACUUUUGUGUUGAUUUUGUAAAUUUUCAUCGCGUUUUAGGCGAGUUAUCGCAAUAUUUCAACAAAUAAAUGUCUCACUCAAUCUCAAAGAUGCAUUGUGGAAAGUAUGAUGCAAUGCCUUAUCUUUGUAGCGUUGUAUCUUCGUUUCUUUUCAGCCAAAAGCGAC